UACAAACAGAAUUCAUUUUACUAUUUCUAACAUCAUUACUUGAAUAUUGCUCAUCUAAUCACUACAAAUAUAAUGGCAUCGACGGAAUUUGCGGACGCCACGGAGGUAUUGCAUUCGUGCGGUUGCUGCCUACAGGGCGCGCCACACAUCCCUGACUCGCGUAUACGCGGCAACAUGAAAAUGUACUGGACAAUGCUGCAAGAAUGCUUCAAUAUACCAGUAAUUGAAGCCUCGGAAUAUGGGAUCUGCCAGAAUUGUGCGGGGCGUCUGCGAGACGCGAAUGAAUUUAAGCUGCAAGUGCGGCGCAGCCAGGCUGAGCUGCGGCUGCAAUUGCUACAAGCCAAAGAUGAGGAACUGGAAGUUGAGUUGCCGGCCGCAGACAGGACGAGUGAUGAUAUGUCAAGUUAAUAUUUUUUUUAUCUAUUUUUUGACUAUAGCUA